UUGUGUUCCUUUCGCCCCCCCUCUUGAACCCUGAGGGCAUCCCUUGCCACUGCUCUAUGCUUCACGCUCAGCUCCCAAUUGAUGACCCUGUCAACGGUUACGGCCUUUCCUGAAGUCGCCGUCUCCUCCGUCACCGCCGUUCGCCUCCGGUUCUUCUAUCCGUAGCCCGAUAACAAGAUGAGCGCCGCAUCCCGCAAGUCUCGUAUAGCUACGAGUGUGGCGAGAGUUAUGUACACCAAUGCAGUCUAUUUCCCUAGCAGCAGAAUAUAUCAAGGUGAUUCGCCGGGAAUGCUCAAUUACAGCUGCAUCAACCACGUGUAUUAUGCUUAUGCCAGCGUGACGGCGGACGGCAAUGUGUUUCUCGGCGAUGAGUGGGCCGAUGCAAGAGCGCCAGUGGAUGGUGUUCAGGGUGGCUUGGGAUCCUUGAUGCAUCUCAAGCAGAGGCACCCUCACCUGCAGGUGGUCUUAUCUAUAGGUGGCAGCACUGCAUCAGAGGUAUUUCCCAUUGUUGCAUCAAGCACUCUCCUCAGAGACAACUUUGCCCGGUCUGCCCUCGGCCUCGUGGAAGCAUCCGGGCUUGAUGGCAUCGACAUUGCCUGGGAGUUCCCAUCCCAAGCCAAACAUGGCCACGACUUCCUGGCCUUGCUGGCAGCAGUGCGGAUACAUAUGCCUGAAGAUCGCUUCAUUCUAACAGCUGUCCUCCCGGCGGCAAAGGAGGUUCUCCAGCUCAUCGAUCUCAGCACAGCGGCCGAGUACCUUGACUACAUCAACCUUGUGGCAUAUGACUUCUUCGGCACGUGGACGUCCAAGACUGGUCAUCACGCACAGCUAUAUACUAUGAACAAGGACGAACCGUCGGCAUCGACCGGCGUGGCCUAUGUCAUGUCCCAAGGGUUCCCUCCGAAGAGUAUCCUGCUCGGGAUUCCGACCUACGGACGAAGCUUCCUCAAGGCCAAUGGACCGGGGCAGGACUUUAACGGUGUUGGUGGCCAAGAUGGCACAUUCGAAUACGGCGAAUUACCACGAAAGGGAUGCAAAGAGAUUGUGGAUAGGCGCUAUAUUGCGGCCCAAUGUGUCGGUGGUGAUGGGGGGUUUGUCACGUACGACAACCCCGAGACGGUCAAGGUUAAGGCGGAAUUUUGCAAGCAAAAGGGAUUAGGGGGGCUUUUUUACUGGAACGGACCGGCUGACUCUCGAGAUCAAGCAAGAAGUCUGAUUGCGGCUGGUUUCCGCGCUCUACACACCUCGUGAGGCGCAGAGUGUCGGUAUGACGUCUCUAUCUCUUCUCGUUCUCUAUUUUGUUUUGUGCCUGUGUGGCACAAAUAGAAUUCUCAUUACGCAUACGCCUUUCGACUCGCCUUACCGCUACUACAUACUAGUGCCAGCAGAUGGCAUCAAUGGGAGGGGUGGCUUGGCUCGUACAUACAAGCGGUGCGGUUGCAUGACUCGGACGUCGUCG